AUGGCCACUCUCAAGACCUCCUGGCAACUCGCCGCCGCAGCAGGAGAGCCUCACACGACAAUCCGAGUGCGAAAUCUCCAAGCCGUCGUCGAGGUGGGACGAGAUGCAUGGGGACGGGCAGGCAAAGCGCAGCCCGUACUGAUCUCAGCAACGCUCUCACUACGCGCCCCAUUCGACGAAGCCUCCGCCGCGGAUUCAGUCAAUAACAAAAGCACGGUGCACUAUGGGAUUCUCAGCAAGGCGAUCCUCGAAGCGGCCGAGUCCUUCCGGACUGAGAGUACCGGCCACACCACAGUCCGAGCACUGCUGAACCAUAUCUCGAGACAUCUGACGGGGGAAUGCAUAACGAUAGAGCCUGUGCCCCCGGCGGCAGCGAAUCCGCAUCAUCCUGUCGUUGACCGAUCGGUGAUGACGUCUCUGAAGCUCGAGGUCCUGCUCCCUAAAGCAUCGCUCAUUGGAUCUGGAGCUAGUCUUUCCGGGACGACUCUCUACGCGUCUUCCGGCGCUUGUAAAGCAUAUAGUAUGAGUCUGAAGCUCCAUGGUCUUAGGAUCCCAACCCUCAUCGGGGUUAAUCCCAAUGAACGCCUAGCGAAACAGAUCGUGGUCGCGAAUGUCGAGUUGGAGCCGUGGGCCAGCGACUCGCCUUCGUCUGAUUCGUAUAACGAGUUCGAGGAGAUCGUCGUUAAGACGAUCGAAGAGUCGUCAUUCCAGACCCUGGAAGCCCUGGCUACGCAUAUCGCUCAACGUGUCAUCAAGUACUUCCUACUCCCGAGAAGGAAUACGUGGGAUGGCGGCAUGCAUGAACGGAUCAAGAUAUGUCUGGAGAAGCCGACGGCUGUCACUUUCGCAGAUGCACCUGCGGUGGAGGUCCUCGUUGACUCGGAUCCUAACGUUAAUAGCUUCGUAGAGCGGUUACGGAAUCGGGGUGUGUACAAGAGGACAGGACCUCCUUUCCCGCUACAAGGCAGGUUGGAUGAGUGGAUUAAAAACAAUGAUCCGGAGGAUUGA